GAAAUUCAAAGAGUGGUGGCAGAGUUGGUGGCCAGUGAGUUUUUCCAGCAAGGUGAUAUUGAGAAGCAACAACUCAACAUUGAGCCCAUUGAUAUGAUGAAUCGGGAGAAGAGGGAUGAAUUGCCACGAAUGCAGGUGUCGUUCAUAAACGCCAUUUGUUUACCCGUUUACGACGCCUUCGCCAAACUCUGUCCCUCACAUCUCAAGCCAUUACUGGAAGGCCUUAUGAUGAACCGGGAGGCCUGGCAAAUGCUCUCCGACCAGCCCUACUAUCAACACCAAAAUCAUACCUAAACUCGCUGUCAUUUUUGACACACAACUCUUAUUUAUUGAUUUUACUGUAUAUUUGUAAUAAAGUUUUACAUCAAAUGUAUUGUACAGUUGUGUAUGAAAUGCUAUCUAAUAGUUUGAUCCUAUUUAUUGUCCAAUAUUUUAUUUGAUUCUUAACUAAUGUCACCAUAAAUAUCUCAUUUAGUUUUAAAUAAAGUUUCAUUACAAAUUGA